UAUAAAGGCUGGCUGGAACAAGCUGAUGCUCAGACUCGGGAAGCUCCGCUCUUCUUGAAGCACACCUCUGGGAAAAGCUGAGCGAGGCUGAAACAACACGAGCGGAGAAUGAGCGUGCGUGGAGCAGCAGCUGGUUGUGUCGUGCUGGUGUGCCUUGUGGCACUGCUGGCUGAGAGGACUCAGGGACACAUCACCUUCUUCAGCCCAAAGGAGAUGAUGCUGAUGAAGGAGCGAGAGGGUAGAAAGGACAUGGAGCCUCGGUCGGAGGAUGGCCAGCUUGAAGAAGUUACUAUCCAGCAGCUUCCGCAAGCUGAGCGUGGUGGCAAUCCGGAUAAAACAGUCGACAUCACAGUGCGUCUUUCACCCGAAGAGCUGGACCAUGUGGCUCCUGUGCUUGAGGAGCUCAUCCAUGAAAUGGUGGAGGAGCGACAGAAAGCCAAGUAGUGUGCUGGAGGACAGAAGAAGUUGGAAAUUCUGUCUGAAUUCUUCAAAAAGGACUAAAUGCUCUUAUAUUUUCUUGCGUUUCACUGAAUGACUCAAUAAA